AGCAUGAUUGACAUCUGGAAGCCCCUCCCUCUCUCCGUCCAACGAACACAAAUCUUGUUUGGUGUGCGUGGAACCGAGUCGGACUGGGGAAGAGCUUUUCUACUACUGCACUUUUUGGAUGAACCGAAUAGUGGAUUCUUCAAUGAGCGCUUUUGAAGCAACUGGCACUGGGCUCACUUUGAAGAAGUGAGAGCGCCACAGAUAUCUACCUGCAUUUUCCCAAAAACCGUGCAAAUAUGAAAUACUGGAUUUGUAUAUUUGCUGUUGUCUCGGCUGUCUUGGAAUCUGCGCACGCGGGGACGAAGAUUGAGGAGCCAUGUGCUGGACGGGACUGCAGCGGAGGGUGCCAGUGCAAUCCCGAGAAGGGAAGCAGGGGUCGGCCAGGACCUUUGGGGCCGAUGGGGCCAAAUGGACCUGAAGGGUUUGUGGGAGGGUCGGGGCCCUCGGGACCCAAAGGAGACAAAGGCCAUGUGGGACUCAGGGGACCCUCCGGACCGAAAGGAGACAAGGGGCCAAUGGGUGUGCCAGGUUUCCCGGGAACUGACGGUGUUCCAGGUCACCCUGGGCAGGACGGGGGCAGGGGACUUCCAGGAAUAGACGGGUGCAACGGCACCAUCGGCGACCCAGGUCCCAGGGCUGGGGAUGGAUUGUCAGGCCUGCCUGGUGUUGUUGGGCCACCUGGUCGGAAGGGUCAGAAAGGAGAGCCUGUGUUCACGGGACUGGGCAGAGGCGCAAGGGGAGAGCCUGGUUUGCCUGGACUGGAUGGUCUGAUUGGUCAAAAUGGCCCGAGUGGACUCCCUGGGCAAAUGGGUCGGAGAGGUCAAGAUGGAUACCCUGGUUUCCCUGGUCCUCCUGGUCCACCUGGUCCUACAGGGAGCCCCGGUGUGGGUUUAAAGGGGGAAAGUGGAGACAAGGGGGACGCGGGUCUACCCGGACCCCCAGGAGAGCAGGGGGAUGACACGCUAGUAGGCGCAGCUAUAAGCACUAUCUUCAAAGGAGAUAAGGGAGACGUGGGCCUGCCCGGCGACCCAGGCCUCCCACUGGUCAAUGGAGUGGUGGAGUUUGUGGGCUUUCCUAAAGGAGACAAAGGAACUAAGGGUGACAUUGGUUACCAGGGGAUAUCAGGUCAGCCAGGACUACCAGGACCACCGGGCCGUUUUGGAUACCCAGGCGAGGUUGGUGAGAAGGGAAUUCUGGGAUUGCCAGGAGGACGGGGUGCUUCUGGUUUGAAUGGACCUCUUGGGCCUCCGGGCAUCAAGGGGUUACCUGGGAGCCCUGGCUUGCCUGGAUAUCCAGGAUAUCCUGGAUCUAAGGGAGAAUAUGGAGAUCAAGGAUUUCCUGGACCUCCUGCAUUUGCUGAUGGGCAAGGGGUGUCUGUCCAAGGUUCCCCCGGAGACCCAGGGAUUAGUGGCUUACCAGGUCCUACUGGUGACCAGGGACCAUCAGGGUUCCCAGGACCACCUGGACCCCCAGGGCUCUCGUCCCCCCUCUCAGGUCGACCAGGGAGGGACGGGUUCCCAGGUACCAUUGGCCCUAAAGGAGAGAAAGGGAACCCAGGACGCCCUGCCUAUGGCACUGAGGGGCGCCCAGGGUCCCCAGGCUUUCCAGGUCCUCCGGGGCCUCCAGGGCCAAUAGGUGAAAAUGGUCUUUCAAAUGUAUUGCCAUCUGACAUACCUGGACAACCGGGACAGCCAGGCCAAAGAGGGCCACCUGGAGUUUCAGGUGCAAAUGGACCCAAAGGAGAUUUGGGUGACUGCCAAUGCCUCGGUGGUGGAGGGUUUGGUCAGCAGGGCCCACCAGGCCCUUCCGGGGCCCCUGGUUCCCCUGGGUUACUUGGCAGGAAGGGCGAAAUUGGCGACACAGGCUCACCAGGCUUCCCUGGCCUCCCAGGGCCCUCUGGUAUCCCUGGUGAAUGGGGCUUUUCAGGGCGGAAGGGGGAGAAGGGUGAACCCUCCUUCCCACAGGGCCUGGGCCAGAAAGGCGAACUAGGCUCACCGGGGCCCCGUGGGCCCCCAGGAGACAUGGGGCGGCCUGGCAGAGACGGCACUCCUGGGAUCCCUGGAUAUCCUGGACCCCCUGGAGAUGGUGGUGAUGGCGUGGUCGGGGAAAGAGGAUUCCCAGGGCUUCCUGGUGCUAAGGGGCGGCCCGGCGGUCCAGGAGAGCCAGGGAUUGGGUAUCCAGGCACUGCUGGCAUCCGUGGGCUACCUGGAGACCCCGGUAUCAAUGGUCUCCCUGGACAGCCUGGUUUACGUGGGCCCCCAGGUGACUGUUGCUGUGGGCAGGCGGGUGUUAAUGAGGCCUCUUUCGAAGAGGGAGGCGAGACUCUGCCCUGUCGGAUCUCAGGCGAAGACGGUGACCCGGGUCUGCCUGGAUCUCCAGGAUCUCCAGGUCUGAAAGGCCAGCCUGGUUUCCCAGGGGAUGCUGGGCGACGUGGUUUUGAUGGCUUGAAGGGUGAGAGAGGAGACUCAGGCAUUGGGGGGCUGCCUGGACCACAAGGUUUCCCAGGUCCCAGAGGCGACCCGGGGGCCCCCGGGCUCUCGGCUGACGGCCUUCCCGGUGCUCAGGGAAAGAAUGGCCUGCUUGGUCGUCCAGGGGAGAAGGGAAGACCGGGUGAGGUGCUGGGGGCCACUCCAGGAGCCCCAGGUCUGCCAGGACGCCCUGGAGAACUAGGAGACAAGGGGCAGCCAGGGACGCCGGGAUUGCCUGGUGGACCAGGUUUUGAUGGGCGUUCAGGGGUACCUGGGCUGAAGGGUGAGCGCGGUGAAGACGGCUACCCCGGGAUCCCGGGUCAGCCUGGCCUGCCUGGGGAUGGUGUGCAGGGAGGGAUCCCGGGCCUUGCAGGACCUGCUGGGAGCAAGGGUUUCUCUGGAGUGCCAGGAUUCCCAGGGCUCAAGGGCUCUUCUGGAGACCCCGGACCUCCAGGGCCAGCUGGGAUGAAGGGCCUGCCUGGAGACCCAGGGACCCCUGGCCAGCCAGGACUCAGGGGCCUCCCAGGGCCAGCAGGACCUGGUGCAGGAAACGGCUUCCCUGGAACACCAGGAAGGAAGGGUGAGAAGGGGUCACCUGGUAUGUUGGGGUUCCCCGGAAUGCCAGGAAGCUCUGGUGCCCCUGGGAUGCCUGGGUUGAAGGGUUCACCAGGUUUCCCUGGACGGAAUGGCUUGCCAGGAGAAUUUGGUGCAAAGGGUCUAAAAGGGGACCGGGGUACGUCUGGACGUCCAGGACCGGCGUCUUUGCCUCCCAGAGUUGGCCAGCUUGUGAAAGGGGAGAUAGGGGACAGUGGCCAGAGUGGCUUUUCUGGAUUCCCUGGACCAAGAGGUGAUAAAGGGAGCCGGGGGCCGCCAGGCCAGCAGGGUCUGCCAGGUCUGCCAGGUUUCCCUGGUCAGGAGAAGGGGCAGCCUGGAGCCCCAGGGCUUCCUGGAACUUCCAACGUCCCUGGCCUGCCUGGACCAAAGGGUUCUCCGGGAAUUAUUGGCUUCUCUGGCAUGCCAGGGCCCAGGGGUGAUGAUGGGGCUCCUGGUCAACCUGGAUUCCCCGGAGGCCCAGGACAGCCUGGUAUAAAAGGUGAGCGUGGUGACUCCUUCAGUGUACCUGGAGCCCCUGGUGCUAAAGGACUUCCUGGAGACCCCGGAUUUCCCGGUGGAAAAGGUAGUGCAGGCUUUCCAGGAGAUCCUGGUUUCCCUGGAUCUUCUGGAUUCAGUGGACAGAAGGGCCUCCCUGGAGAGCCAGGCCGUCCAGGACAGACGGGUACCCCAGGGUUCCCUGGUAGCAAAGGUCUUGGAGGGUUCCCAGGACCCAGAGGAUCGGAAGGGUCACCAGGUUUUCCAGGAACUCCAGGCACUCCUGGCCAGAAAGGUUUACCUGGCUCUCCAGGUCUUGAUGGUCUGAAUGGACUUGGUGGAGCUAAAGGUCUACCCGGAACUCCAGGUCUAAGUGACGGAGGUCGUCCUGGGGCACCAGGCAUUCCUGGGCAAAAGGGGGAAACAGGGCCAUCUUUACCCGGAACUCCUGGCAUCCCUGGAGCCAAAGGGGCCGUAGGAAACCAAGGUGCACCUGGUAUGACGGGUUUCCCCGGUCUGCCGGGCCCUCGAGGGGUCUCUGUCGUCUCUGACGUUGUAGGUCCCCCUGGAGAUCCCGGUCUACCUGGAUUAGAUGGAGAGCAAGGUUUCCGAGGUCCCACAGGCCCCCCGGGUCCUGCUGGCCCAGGCACUUACCAGGGUGACAGAGGCAACCCAGGAACCCCUGGCAGACCUGGUGAACCUGGUGCAAGUGGUGACCCUGGGGCCCCAGGAGGCUCUGGACUACCUGGCGUCGCAGGACUCAAAGGUGAAAGGGGUGAAACUGGGUCCAGUGGAACUCCAGGACUUCCAGGCUACCAGGGAGAACCUGGAUCUUUUGGGCAACGAGGACCAAAGGGGAUCCCAGGCUCUGCUGGCAGGAAGGGACUUCCUGGUAUAGUUAUACCACCAAGCACCUUGCCGAAGAUUUCAGGAGAGUUUGGACUUUCAGGAACCCCAGGGUUUCCAGGAGAGUUGGGUCCCCCUGGUCAGCCUGGAAAUCCUGGUCGUUAUGGUUCAAAAGGAAAACCUGGACUUCCAGGGAAGUUGGGGCCUAGCGGGCCUGGAGGUAUACCAGGACCAGCUGGAGAUUUUGGCACCCCAGGAUUUCCUGGAUCUAUCGGAGCGCAGGGUACCCCUGGGAAACAGGGGCCCCCUGGCCUCCCUGGACUCAACCCCCGCAGCACCGGCAUUGGCUACACGCUGGUGAAGCACAGCCAGUCCAGCCAGGUGCCCCCAUGUCCGCAGGGCAUGGCUAAGCUGUGGGAGGGCUACAGUUUGCUGUAUGUGGAAGGCCAGGAAAAGGCCCACAAUCAGGACCUGGGAUUUGCAGGUUCCUGCUUGCCCCGUUUUAGCACCAUCCCCUUCCUGUAUUGCAACGUCAACGAGCUCUGCUAUUUCGCAAGCCGCAACGACAAGUCCUACUGGCUGUCCACCACUGCGCCCAUCCCCAUGAUGCCCGUGGAAGAGCAGCAGAUCUCCCAGUACAUCAGCCGCUGCUCCGUGUGCGAGGCCCCCUCCCAGGCCGUGGCCGUCCACAGCCAGGACCUCUCCAUCCCCUCCUGCCCCCUCGGCUGGAGGAGCCUGUGGAUUGGGUACUCCUUCCUCAUGCACACCGCGGCUGGGGCGGAGGGUGGAGGCCAGUCCCUGGUUUCUCCCGGCUCCUGCCUGGAGGACUUCCGCGCCACGCCUUUCAUCGAGUGCAACGGCCCCCGUGGGACGUGCCACUACUUCGCCAACAAGUACAGCUUCUGGCUGACCACCGUGCAGCCGGAGCGGCAGUUCGUGGAGGCCCCGCCGCAGCAGACCCUGAAGGCCGGCCAGCUGCGCUCGCGCGUCAGCCGCUGCCAGGUCUGCAUGAAGAUCUUGUAGCCGGAGGCACAGGCGAAACACGCAUAUGGAGAGAGACUGACGCCAGAGCAGAGGAUCCAACAGAAGUGCAGACAGAUUUAGGAAAUAAAAUAAAACACUGACAAGCUUCACACCUCCUUCCGCCCCCUCUUGUCUCGAUUAUACAAGGAACUGGGGGUAGCUAUGGCAAGCAUUCCCUGCAUUUAGACACCUUUGUAUCACGUGGAAAGGAAGGAAAGGUAUUGUGUCAUUGUUCUGUCGUAGUUCAUAACUGACAUUGGUGCUAUAUGUUUUGCAUUUCUUUGUUUAUAUUAUUUUCUUGUUGCUUUUUGUCUGAUUAUUCAUGGCUACCUCGGAGAGUGCAUCAAAACUUCCUUUGAAUUAGCACUGAACCGUUGAUUUAUCAUUUAAAUAAUAGCCACAUGCCUGUAAAACCAGGCUCAGUUAGUUUAAAAUGUUGUUCAUUCAUUUCUAUCUGGUUCACAAAUGUACAUACAUAUAUUUGCUCUCACCUGUUUCAACAGGACAUACUGGUGCUUUCCUGAAUCUCUUGAAUUUUAGGGAUUCGUUUUUUAAUCCUACCAUUUAUAUAACACACACCAGCACUUUUGAACACACGAAUGAAUGAAUGCAUGAAUGAAAAGUAAAACAAUCCAUGAUGACAUACCGUGUUUCAAUUUUUGAAUGCACACGAUACAGCACCUAGUUGUAAUGCACUGAUCUAGAUUCCUGGGAUAGCAGAGUGGAGUGUCUGUCUAGGCCCCUCAGUGAUAGACGACAGUAUCUGCAGCAUUGCAGUGCAAAUGACUAUAGCCUGAGCAGCUGGAGGAGUGAAGAACGAGAGACAGGCCCUCAAGGCCCCUGUGAGAUGCACAGGUCUGCUACGCUGCCUCUGUAAGGAGUACAGGCAUUCACUCAGUCAGUUAUACACAUACCAUACAGUUCAGUCUCCUUUUCCAAGUGGAAGACCAGAAUGUUGCAGCUUUUUAAAUAAUUUUAGUGACAUGAAAGUCGAAAGAUUUUUUUCUCCCAGGUUUCACUUUAUCUCACCUUAUCUCCUCAAAACCAAAAGGGUGGGGGUUUUGACAAUGCCUCACUUUCUUCAGCCACAGUCUUCAAGAAAGACCCCCAAAAUAGCAUCUGUUAAACAUGCAAGUGUGAAUCAUAUGUGAAACAUUACACUGCAAUACAUUUUUAAAAUAAACCAAAGGAUACUGUGUAGAGGUACUCCCUUCUUCUACAAUCACUUGCUAUGUCUGUUGACUCUUCAAGGGAUUGAGUAACACAUGACCACUAUGCCCAUUGACUUUUAUCAGAUGGUAGCGCUCACUGGUAGCCUUGAGUACAUGUUUUCCAUUUUUUGUAUGAUUUGUCACUUGUGUGUAAGUAGUUGGCUUGUGUAAUAUUUUACUACACUGCAUCCCCUUUGCUAUAAAAAAAUAGCGUAAAACUGCUAUAAUGUAGGGGGGGGGUUAUCUGUAUAUUCGAUGGUGAAAAAAAUCAUUUUUAUCUAUUUGAAUACUUUUAUCAAUUCCAUUUAUUCUAAAGAUUAAUAAAACAUGCAUAUAUAAAUAACAAAAAGUGAAAACACUAAUCAAUAUAGCUUUGAAAUGCUAAUCUCUGUUAAACAGUUCUACGACAUAAACUGAGUAAGACUGAAAUUGAAAACAAGUAUUUCAUAAAAAUCUAUCCUCUGGGAGAAUGUCACUUCCCUCAGUUUACAUGCUUUAUGUAUGUAUGUAUAGACAAGGAACUAGUCAUAAAUGUGUAUUUUUGUGUUCACUAUAAAAUAAACUGUUAAAACGGUGAGGUGUUUUAAAGGUAUGCGUGUGUUAUGCCCUUAGUCAAAGCUCAUGCAACUUUUGGUAGAUGCCUUUUCACCAGUCCAGGUUGGAUGUCAGUAUGGUCAACACUAGUUACUAUUUUUGCCACAGGUAGGUGAAGCAGAAGGUCUGUAAUCACGCUGUGUCUUUGAACAAGGUAGUAAUGAGAAUAAAGAUUCUGAGUGCA